UCGAGGGCCCAGUCGGGAUAUUGUAUGUUACAACUGUUUGGAAAAGGGGCACUAGCUCGGGAAUGUGCAAAUGCUAGGGAAAAGGCAGAUGGACCGGAAAUUAAUAAAGGGAAAUCGAGGAGUAACGGUUCGGGAAACGAAUCAGGACCAUCGGAGAAAUGGCAGCCGACCGUCGGUCCAGUCUACUCAGUAGGCUGCAUGGGACGGAAUGAUUGUGAAUUCCUCAAGCUAAGAGUGAACAUUAGCAAGAGAGGUGAGUUGUUUUUGCUCAUAUACUCGGGAGCCGACAUUAGUGUCCUCAAGGGAGAGAAACUGAUAGAAUCAACAGAAUAUGACCCAGAAAGAAAAGUAAGGGUGAAAAGCGUAAGCGGAUCCCUGAUAGAAACACAUGGAGUGAUAGAGGCUGAGAUUAACCUCGCGAAUAGUUCGAUUACGCACGAGUUUCAGUUAGCGAAAAAGCAGAUAGAUAUUCCUUGUGACGGGAUAUUAGGAAGGGAUUUCUUUCAAAAUGCAAAGGCACAAAUAUGUUAUGACAUUCAAUGCAUUAAGCUAAAUGAGGAGAUGAUCAAGAUGGUGAAUGCUAACCAAACAGAAAUCGCGAAGACAGAAAAGAUGCGAGAGACCAGGAACAUGAUCCUACCGCGGAGAUUGGAAUGUGUUGUCAAGCUGCCGGUGAAGCAAGGGUCGCCAUUAGUGGGGAUCCUAGAUAAAUGCGAAAUUCAAGAAGGAGUUUUUAUGGCAGGGUCAUUAACCAAAGUGAUACACGGUUAUGGGAUAACUAGCAUUUUAAAUACGAACGACGAGGAGGCAGAAAUUCAGGAGCCCUUAGUAGAAUUAAACGAGGUCGAACCAGUAGAGUAUUCCAGAGGAGCGACUGAAGAAAAGCGAAAGGAUAGGGAAAAGAGAAUCUUGGAACAGCUGAGAUUAGAUCAUCUGAAUGAUGAAGAAAAGAGAUUAUUGAUAGGGACGUGUCAAGAUUAUCAAAACGUGUUCUAUUUGUCGGGAGACAUUUUAAGUAGCACGCAGGCAACCCGUCAUUCCAUACACGUCGAGCCAGGGACCGAACCAAUAAGGCCUCUUUUAUACUUGCAUGCCGCAUGCCACAUGCCACAUGCCAGGCGGGUGUAUUAACAUUGUUUAAAUGGGACCCUUUCAUACUUACCUGCUCGCGUCGAGCGGUCACUUUCACCCGCGCGGCAUGCGGCUGAGGCGUGUCGGGACGGGCGUGCGGCCAUCACCGCCUAGCGUGUCCCGCCACGCGGUUGGGACCAAUACCUAACGGGAGUUUUUAUACUUCAUGCUACAUGCCAAGCGGUUGGGUUCAGUUCAGUUCAGAUUAGCUUGUAGUCUUGCAAAGUGCUAGCUUGGAGAAUGGAUGCAAUUGAUACAGAGGUGCUGAUUAGUGAAGUGCAAUCUAGACCUAUGUUAUGGAACCCAGGAAAGGAAGACUACAAAAACCGAGAUCUGCGGAAUAAAGCGUGGGAAGAGAUUUGUAGCAAUAUCAUCCCUACAUUUGAUGAAGCUGAUGACAAUCUAAAGAAAAAAUUAGUUGAAAAAGUUCGUUCCAGAUGGAAAUCCUCAAGGGAUUCCUACAUGAAGGCGAAGGGAAAAGUUAAAGUUCUGAAAUCUGGGUCAGCGCCAUGCAAGGCAAUUAGAUACAUAUAUUAUGAACAAAUGCAAUUUCUAGACAAAAUACAACAAAGGUCUACCAUUUCUAACUUUGAACAAGCUGCAGAAGAUGAGGAUAUUAGUGAAGUUUUUCAUAAUAGUGAAACUAACGAAGAUGACAUUCGUGAUGACGAUUCAGAUGCUCAAGAUGCAGCCAGAAGGAAGUUCACCGAAUCUGUCAAGAAUCGGGAGAAAAAGAAACAAAAACUGGACGAUUUUGGUGAAAACCUUCUGGCUCUAUUAAAAAGCAGCAAAGAAACAGAAGAAGACGCUGACCGGGCAUUCUUGUUAUCCCUGCUCCCACAUGUCAGAGGGUUUGACGAAGAUCAAAAACUGGAUUUCCAAAGUGGGGUACUACAAUUGAUAACGAAAAUAAAACGAGGAAAUUAUGCACCGCCCACUCCAAUUGGUUCUCAUGCCUCAUAUCCGCAAUAUCAUUCAUAUAAUCCAGAUCCAUCCCAAAUCAUUUACAGCCACAAACAACAAUCUGAUCCAGGUCCAUCCAUAAGAGAGAAUGAACAUUUUUGAAAGAUAAAACUGCCUCUCGAGUAGUGCUCAGCUCCAUGGAGUUAGUUAGUUAAUUAGUUAGUUUAAACUUCUAAAUAUAAUGUAUUUGUUUAUGUGAUAAUUAAAAUAAUGUUUCAAUAAUCUGACCUUGGAGGUUUUAAUUGUACUUUCUAUGUCUAUAUGAAACAGAAAAUAAGCUUACCUCAGAGUUACACAAAGUCUCUCCAUUGGACUAAUGGGCAUGGAGUGGGUCCUUGUAAUACGAAAAUGACUUUCAACUUUCCCAAAUAAUUCGUCGAAUGUUUUGGGGCUCAUCCUAAAAUAAUUGAAGAACUUUAUUUCAUCUUCUCGUAAGUCAGCGUACAGGGUUAUGAAAGCUCCUUUCAAGUCUCUUUGGAUGUUGAGAGGAUGAACACUGAAACGCCUUUUCUUCUUUUCUUUUCUUGCCAUCUUCUCAUACAGGUAUGCAGCAGCGACCGCUUUAGUUGCGAACCCUGCCAUGGCA